AUGAGCUCUGACAGUGUAAAUGCGGAUUGGCAGCGUCGGGAUCUCUUCAAAUUCAUUCGCUAUACGAUGUAUGUGGGUGGAAUGUAUCCACUGCACUACACUCGAGCCAACAAGCCGGGAAUAAUUACCCAACUACUGGCCAUCAUUGACUGGUUUUAUGAGAAGUUCUCCUAUUUUGUGUCCAUACAUCUGCUGGUGUUAUAUAUCUGCACAACGGCCAUGACCUACAGUAGUGGGAACGCAGAUCUAGAGGGUUUCGUUAGCUGUUUCAUGCAAACUCUAAUCUUUACGUGGACCAUCGCCAUGCAGAUUUACUUUCGUCGCGUCAGACCGAAGCUGUUGAAUGAAAUUAUCGAAUAUAUCAACAGCAAAUAUCAGACACGAUCCGCUAUUGGCUUUAGCUAUGUAACAAUGGAGGGGGCUAACAAAUAUUCAAAUAUUUGGAUGAAAACAUUUUGCUAUUGCUGCUAUAUAGGCACCAUAUUUUGGUUGGUACUGCCCAUAGCAUAUGGAGAUAAGAGUCUGCCUCUGUCUUGCUGGUAUCCUUUUGAUUAUAAGCAACCAGUUGUUUAUGAAAUUGUUUUUUUCCUGCAAUCGAUGGGUCAAAUCACUGUUGCAGCUGCCUUCGCUUCCUCCAGUGGUUUCUAUAUGGUGCUUUCUAUUUUAAUAUUGGGACAAUAUGACGUUCUCUUCUGCACUCUGAAGAAUGUGAUAGCCACCACCUAUGUGGAAAUGGGUGCUAGCAUGGGUGAACUGAGCAAUCUACAGGCUGCUCAGUCGGUUACCAAUGCUGAACUCGGCCAGUAUUCAUAUUGCGUGGAAGAACAGACACCUCUGGAUCAGUUGUUAGCAAUGCGUCAUAGUAGAUCCUGCGAUUUUCCCACUGCCUUCAAACGCUGCUUUAAACGUUGUCUGAAGCAGCAUCGUUAUAUUUUGGUAGCGCUGGAGAAAAUGGAACUUUUCUUCAAUCAGAUUUGGUUCUUCAAAAUUUUCGAGAGAACACUACUCAUGUGCCUCGUUGGUUUUGUUUGUGUUAAGAGUAACACUACCAAUUCCGUGAUGCGUACGGCCUCCUUGGGUCAGUAUCUGUUGCUGAUAUUCUACGAGCUCUUCAUCAUCUGCUACUUUGCGGAGCUGCUCUAUCAGAAUAGCCAGCGUUGUGGCGAUGCCUUGUGGCGCAGUCCUUGGCAUUUACAUUUAUUGGAUAUACGUAGCGACUAUAAUUUCUUUAUGUUGAAUUCAAAGCGACAAUUUCAGUUGAGUGCUGGCAAGAUGUAUUACAUAAAUGUGGAUCGUUUUAGAAGGACUAUUACAAUGGCAUUCUCGUUUCUGACGUUGCUACAAAAAAUGGAUGCGCGCAAUUAG